AUGAAACCAAUAAAUGAGUACAUAAAAGCUUCAACAAUCUUAAUUCAACAACACUUGUACGACUUAACAGGGGAAUAUUUUACAAAUCAAGUUAUAGCCUCUAACAAUGCUUACAAGGAUGACGAAGCAGAAAAAUGUUUUGAAAUAGUACAGAAAGGUGUUAAUUUAUGCAUUGAGAAGAGCAUAUUUACUUUGGAAGAAAUGGAACCAUACCUGGAAUCAGAUAUAGAACGUUAUACAAAACUACUUGAAAAAUAUCCAGAUUUAAAAAAAUACAGUAUUUUAAUAGAACGUCAUAUUCAAGGAAUGACCAAUAUUCGUUCAACAAAUCAUUUAAAAGAAAUAUACAAUAUUACAAAAAAUAUUAAUAAUAAAGAAAUUUUAUUUGAUAAUUUAAUUGAAUAUACAGAAAUCAAUAAAUCAAUUCAUAUAAAACAAUUGAUACCUAAUCCAAAAUCAAUUCAAAAAUGUUUACAUUUUAUUAAUACAUUAGAAAAAUAUAUUAAUAAAGAACAUAUAAUUAAAUUAACUAUACCUAUACAUAUUAUAAAUUAUUUUACUGAUUUAUCAUCUAAAGUAACAGAUAUUUAUAGUAAAUUAGAUACAGAAAAAUUAUUAUUAACAAAAGUACGUUUAGAAAUGAAACAAUUAAAUAAAUUAAAUUCUAAUAAUAAAUCUUUAACAUUCAAUGAUAUGACAUGGAUUAAUUAUUUAGUAUUAUUUAUUAAUCAAUUAAUUAAAUUAUUUAAAAAAUGUAUUACAAAUUUAUUUAAUGAAUUAAAUAUUAAACAACAAUUACAAUUAAGUAAUGAAAUUGAAGCAGAAACUCAUUAUAAUUUAUUAAUGUAUUCAAUGGAAGAAUUAAAUGUUCAAUUAAAUUAUCAUAAAUAUAUUAUAGAAAAUAUUGAUGAAAAUAAUUGUAAUAUAAAUGAAAAUUAUUAUAAUUGGAUUAAUAAAUUAAUGUAUAAAACACGUAGUCGUGAAAUAAAUAUUAUAAAAAAUUAUUUAAUAGGUAAUUCAAAAUUACCAGGAUUAAUUUAUGGACCAUCAGGUUCUGGAAAAACAAGUUUAUUACGAUGGACAGUGAAUUAUUUUAUGCAUAUUCAUUCAAAAUCUGAAAUAAACAAUCAAUUAAUAUCAACUACAAAUCAAUUAUCAACUAAUUUAACUAUAUCACAAUCUCAAAUAGAACCAAUUAUAAUUAUAUGUUGUAUUGGUCGUACAUAUUUAUCAACAUCAUUACAAUCUGUAUUAUUACAAAUUAUUGAACAAUUAAUAAUGAAAUUUAAUAUAAAUUAUUAUAAUAUUAAAUCAUUAUGUGAAUAUGCAGAAAUUGUACGUUUAUUAAAUAGAAUAUUAAAUUUAGCUAAUCCAUUAAAACCAAUAUUAAUAUUAAUUGAUAAUAUAGAAUUAUUAUAUCCAGAUGAACAUGUACAAAUGUUUCAAUGGUUAUCAUAUGAAUUACCUAAUCCAUAUAUACGUUUAUUAAUAACAACAAAUUCAGAUAAAAUUGUAAAAAAUUUUACAAAACGUUUUGGUCAAGGUUGUUGUAUUAAUUUAUCAUCAUGUUAUCAAUUUAAUGAUAUAAUCAAUAAUAUUUUACCAAAAUUAAUUGAAAAAAAUUUUAAUAAAAAAAAUAUAUUGAUUCAUGAAAAAAUCAAUAACCAAUUAAUAAAUUUAAAUAUAGAUAAUGAUAAUAAUAAUAAUAUAACAUUAAAUUAUAUUCAAUUAUUAGCUGAUAUAUUAACUAUUCAAUUAAGUGGUAAAAUUAAUUUUAAUUUACCUGAUAUAUUACCUAAUAAUUUAAUUGAUUUAUUUAUAUUACGUUUAAAACAAAUUUAUUAUAUAAUAAAACAAGAAGGAAUAUUACAUUUAGCAUUAUUACGUUUUAUGCCAUAUAUAGCAUGUUCACGUUAUGGUUUAACAUUAAAUGAAUUAAUUGAAUUAUUACAAAAUGAUAUUAAUAUAAUACAAGCAAGAAAACAAUUUAAUCAAAUUUAUAUAUCAUUAAAAUAUUUUCCUAUUGGUUGUUUAUUAAAUUUAUUAUAUUCAUCAAUCUAUGGUAUAAAUAAAUAUUUAAUGUUUAUUAAAACAGAUAAUCGUUUAUUAAUAACAUUUAUUAAUGAAUCAUAUCGUAAAGGUGUAUUAUUAUUUUGGAGUUCAUAUAUAGAUAAUAAUAAUAAUAAUAAUAAUAAUAAUAAUGAUCAUCUUUCGAACAAUGAUAAUAAUAAUAUUGAUUUAAAUGAUAAACAAAAUGAUAUUUCAUCGAAUGAAUUUAUAUUUCAUCGUUAUAUAACAGAUUAUUGGUUAGGUUUAAAUAAUGGACAAGAUGAUUAUGAACAACAAACAAAACAAAUUGGACAUUCAUAUGAAGUAAAAACAAAUAAUAAUAAUGAUAAUAAUAAUAAUAUAGAAUAUAAUGAAGAUUUAUUUAAUACAAUGUAUUAUUGGUUAGCUAUGGAUAAAUCAAUAAAAAUGAAUUCUAAUGAAGUUAUUAUAGGAACAUAUGAUAAGCAUUAUAUAUGUAAUGCACGUCGUCUUACAGAAUUACCAUAUCAAUUAUUAAAAUUAGGUUCAGAUAAUAUAAAAGAUCUUUUAAAUUAUGUUAUAUUUUCAUUUGAUUAUAUAUUUGGUAAAUUAUUAUUAGGUUUAAGACCAAAUGAUAUUAUAACAGAAUUUUAUUAUUUAAGACAAUUAAAUCAAUUAAGAACAAAUAAUGAAAUUAUGUAUUUAUUAAAUUUAUUAAGAAAUUUAUCAAUUAAAUUAUCAUUAAUACCAACAAUAUUAAAUGUUGAAUUAGCUGGACGAAUUGGACAUUUAAUUAAUACAGAAUAUAUAAUGUUAGGUCGUCAAUUAUUAAAUAGUAUUGAUUGUAAUUCAAAUAAAGUUAAUUGUUUAUUACCAUUAUUAUCUAUAUGUUAUAAUUUACCAUUACAACCGGAUUUAUUAAAUGUUAAAUAUAAAUAUAAUGAAAUAGGAUUAUAUUCAUUAAAUAAUAAUAUAAAUAAACAACAAAUAAAUGAAAUUAUAACAAUUUCAUCAGAUUUAAGAUUUUUAUUUACAUUAACAAUAAAUCAAUUAAAUCAAUUUAAUAAUCAAUUAUUUAUAAAUAAUAAUGAAGUAAUUAUUAAUUUAUGGGAAGUGAAUUCAUUAACUAAAUCAUGUUCAUUUAGUCUUGGUGAAUGGACUAAUUAUAUAUUUCAUCAAGCAUAUAUGCCAAUACAUCAAAAUCAAUUAGUACUUUUAACAUAUUCAAUAAAUGAAUUCAAUAAUAAAAAAUUUGGUAUUUUAUCAAUUAAUUUAGAAUUAGGUUGUAUUGAAGGUAAUCUAUUUGUUACAUAUCCAAUACAAUUAAAAAUUUUAUGUAUUACACGAUCAAGUAUAUUAAUAAAACAAUAUAUACCAAAAGAAUAUCAUGAAAAUUAUUCAUUAAAUGAAGAUUAUGCAACAGUUUAUUCUAUACCAAAUUUAAAAUUAAUCAAUAGUAUAUUAUCUAAAGUUCCAUUACCAUUUUAUUUAUUACCAAAUGAUCGAAUAUAUUUUGGACCUUCAAGAUGGCCAAUUCAAAUGAAAACUAGUAUAGAGAAAAAAAGAAAACAACAAAUUAGUCAAAAUGAAUUGAAAAAAAUUAAUAAUAAUUCUGUUCAAGUUCGAUUAAAAAAUGCAUUAAAUGAUGUGAUAGCAUGGAUAAAAUGUCCUUUAGCACCUGCUAUAUUUCAAGCAAAUAUUAGAGGAGAAAAUUUACUUAUUGGAUGUAAAAGUUUAGGUCAAAUAUAUCGAUUUGAUUUAACUUUAAUAUCAAACAAAGAAAUUCGUACUAUUAAGCCAAACUUAGAGCUAAACUUGUACAAGAAUAUAAAAAAUAUACAAAUUAAAUCAUUAUCAGAAGUAUCAAUAGAAAAUAAAAAUAAUAUACCAUUCUUAUGGGAUUUAGAAACAAUGAAUAUACUUGAUCAAGCACGUCAUCAAGUGAGUGUAAAAAAAUUAUGGAUAUCACCAGAUGAAAAAUAUUUAGCUGCAUUAUAUAAUAUUAAUGAUUAUCGUUUAAUAAUUGGUAUAUGGCAAAUAAAUUCAAGAUUAUUAAUUGCUGGUCUACAAGGAUAUCAUAAAAGUCAAAUAAGAUUUGGUAGUGAUAGUAUUAGUUCAUAUUUAAUACAUUUUAUUAAAUCAUCUAUUCAUAAAACAUGGAUUGAAUUAAUUGAAUUAAAUGCUGUUCAACCAACACAAAUAACAUCUAAUAUAACUAUGAAUAGACCAAUAACUAAUACUAAUAAAUCUAGUACAAAUGUACUUGUAAAAAUACAUAGAAUAGAUACAUUUAAAACUGCUAUAGAUGAAGCAUAUUUUAUUCGAGGAGGUAGUUUAAUAGUUGUAACAAAUGGAAGUAUUAUUUCAACAAGUAUAAAUGUACUUAUAUUAGGCUCAAAAAAUCAAGGACCUAUGGCAUUAACACCAAUUGGUAAAAAAUUAUCUACAGUUAAUUAUCAUUCUGAAUUGGAUAUUGUUUAUUCAACUGAAAUUGGUAAUCAACAACUAUUCUCUUAUUAUAAUCUUCUAACACAAAAAGUUAUUUCAGUUGAAUGUACUAAACCACAUUUACAGGAUGCUUUUAUGAAUAAUUUUGAAACAGACUUUUUAAUGACACCAAUAUUAGAAGAUACACCAUGUGAACGUCAUUUAAGUUCAGAUGGGAAGAGAUUAGCAUUGGUUUAUCGUGUUAAAAGUAUAAAUAAUGAUUAUAAAGUUGAUAAUUCAGAAGAAAAAAACUAUACAGAAUUGAACAAUGAAAAAAAAGAAUAUAGGAAACCAAAACUUCCAAAUAUAAAUUACUACACAUCUUUACAAGAAAAGAAUAAUGAUUCAUCAGGUAUGGGAUAUGAUCAAACAGUGAUUCGUCUAUAUGAUUUAGACAAUAAAAUUGGUGGCACUGGAUUACGAUGUCAAAUAUCUAUUAUUGGAGAAUUUAUAUUUCACAUGUCAACAAAGUAUGGUAUAUACACUUUGAAACCAGAUCAUGCUAGUAGUACAAAAUUGUCUAGUUUGACAGAUCUACAUAAAAAUUAUUCAACAAAAGAUAUUCAAAAUAAAAAUUCAGUGAAUAAAAUUGAUGAGAAACCUCAAGCUCUACUAUCACGUUAUGGGUCUACAGAUGGACGAUUUUUAGGAUAUUCAUUUUUACAACAUCCAGUUAUCAAAGGUACACAGAUUAUAUUCAAUGAUCGAUAUUUAAUAUUAUGUUGUGGAGAAUAUGGACAAUGGAUCCGAAUGCUAGAAGCACCAGACUUUAAAAAAUUAGUAUAUGAGGUAAAUUUACACAAAUUAUUGAAAGAGCGUGAUGAUUUUUGUCGUACACCUAGUGUUCAACGUUUAUUUACAUGUGAAGCACAACCUACUAAAGUCAUUAUACAAUAUGUAUGGUUAGAACAAGAGAAUUCAACUUUUAACAUAACAGUGUUAGAUUUAAAAAACAAACAAAAUAAUGACUUAAUUAUUAGUCAAAUGUCAAUUGUAGAUAAAAUAAUCGAUGUUUCUUCAGAUGGUGCUUAUGGUAUAGAUGCUAACUUAAGAUUAAUUAAUUUUCAAAAUGGAAGUAUAUUGGCUUUAUUGAAUUCACCGAAUUUAAUACCCGGUACACAAAAUGAUCCUAUAGUAUUAUGUGCCCAAUUUACACCAGAUAAAUUAUACAUUGUAAGUGUUAUAUACUCAAUGGAAUAUCAUAAUGCAUGGCUUGCUAUAAUACACAAUAAUCAAGUUCAUAACAACUACCCAGUUAUCGGUAGAGCAUUGUUGACACCAAUUGAUGAAGUUAAACCUAAUUCAAUAGAAUCAUCAGAAUUACCAUCAAUCAAGAUUCAAUUAGGUUAUAAUGGUCGAUUAAUUGUUGUCAAGUUAGAUACUUUUAAAGAAUUUAAAAUAUUCACUAUAAGAAAACAAACAAAAUAUCCAAAUAUAAUUCAUUCAACUGCAAAUGAUCGAAUGAAACAUUUAUUACCAAUAAAUGUGACUACAGUUGAUGAAAAUAAUUCAUGGUCAAAUAAACAAAAAAGAGCAAAAUAUUUAGAUGAAUUAUUUACACGUUUUGCAGAAUCAUUAUCGAUCAAUAAUACAAUAAUUGGAACUAAUAUUGAUUAUAAUGAUGAUUUUAUUAAUGAUGAUAAUAAUGAAAAUGAUCAUAAUGAAGAAUUAAUUGAUUUUAGUAAAUUGGGUUUGGAUUUCAACUUUAAUAAUAAUAUGUUUGAUCAAGUUUAUAAUAAAGUAGAUAAUAUAUCUAUAUAAUGGAUACUAUUAACUGAUGAAAAGAAUGUAAUUGUGUAUAAGUUUUUUUAAGGAUUCAGUUAUAUAGUAAAAUAUAUGUACACCUUAUAUCUUAAUAUAUGAAGUCCUACUGGCAAGAAGAUGACGCCUGAUGUGUUUUAUAAUUUAUAUUGUGAAAUUCUUUGUUUGUUCACACGUUUAAUCUAAAUUUUAUAAUUAAAAUCAAUAAAACGAAAUUUCGCCUGUAUUUGAAUAAAACUGUGUAGCAAAAGUGAUUUUGCAUAAACACAACUUUUUUGAAAAAAAAAUGCAUAUCUUUUGA